AUGAAUCAUCAAGUGUUGUUUAGUUGUUGUAUUAUAUUAUUAUUUAAAUCUAUAGAAUGUUUCUAUGUCCCUGGUGUGGCACCAGUAAUCUUUAAAAAAGAUGACAUAGUGGAGGUCAAGGCUGUAAAAUUAUCCAGUAUUAAAACACAGUUACCAUAUGAAUAUUAUUCUUUACCAUUCUGCAAACCUAAAGUUAUAGAACGUAAAACAGAGAAUUUAGGUGAAGUUUUGAGAGGUGAUAGGAUUGUCAACACUCCAUAUGUUGUGAAUAUGUUAAAUAGAGUAACAUGUAAAUCAGAAUGUGAGAAUCCUACAAAACCACAAGUUUUAACUGAUGCUCAAUCUAAGCUUGUCAUUGAUAGAAUUAAACACAACUAUUAUGUCAACUUAUUAGUUGAUAACUUACCAUGUGCUACUAAGUUUGAAUUGUUAGAUUCUAAAGAUUCACAAUAUGAAAGAGGCUACAGAUUGGGAUAUGAAGCUAAUGGUGAAGUGUAUAUCAACAAUCAUUUAAGAUUAGUGCUUCAAUACCAUACAGAUGACAAUAUAGAACAUAGAGUAGUUGGCUGUGAAGUCAAAGCCACAAGUUAUGCUUUUGGAGAAUUAGAUAUACAGGCUGACGGAGGUUGUAAACUAAAGAACCCAUCUAAAAUAGCUCCUCAGAAAAUGAACCCAGGUGGUGAAACCAAUAUGAUCUUUACAUAUGAAGUAGAUUGGACUAGCAGUAAUAUACAAUGGGCUUCAAGAUGGGAUAUAUUUCUAUCUAAUAGUGAUGUACAGAUACAUUGGUUCUCUAUUGUCAACUCUGUAGUGGUUAUCUUCUUUUUGUCAGGUAUUUUAACUAUGAUUAUGGUAAGAACAUUAAGAAGAGAUAUUGCUAAAUAUAACAGAGAGGAUGAGGAUGAAACUAUAGAAGAAACAGGAUGGAAGUUAGUACAUGGUGAUGUAUUUAGACCACCUAGAUACUCUAGAUUAUUAACAGCAUUGACUGGUGCUGGUAUACAGUUAUUAUUGAUGUCACUAGUCACUAUUUUUUUUGCUAUGUUAGGUAUGUUAUCACCCUCAUCAAGAGGUGCCUUGAUGACAGCUGCUAUAUUACUCUACAUGUUUAUGGGAAUUAUAUCUGGUUAUUUCUGUGCCAGAUUAUAUAAAACUAUGAAAGGUAUACAAUGGAAGAGUGCAGCAUUCCAAACGGCCAUGUUUUAUCCAGGAAUGGUGUUUGGUGUUUGUUUCUUGAUCAAUUUCUUCCUCUGGGGCAAACAUUCAUCUGGAGCAGUACCAUUUACAACUAUGUUAGCUCUACUAUGUUUAUGGUUUGGUAUUUCCACACCAUUGGUAUAUCUGGGAUUUUAUUUUGGUUUUAGGAAACAGCCUUAUCAACAUCCAGUACGAACAAACCAGAUUCCAAGACAAGUUCCAGAACAAACUUGGUAUAUGAGUCCAACAUUGGGGACUUUGAUGGCUGGUAUUUUGCCAUUUGGUGCCAUGUUUAUAGAACUUUUCUUUAUUUUUACUGCAAUAUGGGAGAACCAGUUUUAUUAUUUAUUUGGUUUUCUGUUUCUUGUAUUUAUAAUAUUAGUUAUAUCUGUAUCUCAAAUCUCCAUUGUCAUGGUAUACUUUCAACUGUGUGGUGAGGAUUAUCAUUGGUGGUGGAGAUCUUUUAUAGUCUCUGGUGGAUCAGCUUUCUAUGUAUUUGCUUACUCAAUAUUUUACUUUGUUACCAAGCUGGAAAUAACAGAAUUCAUUCCAACAUUAGUAUACUUUACUUACACGUUAUUAAUGGUGUUUACCUUCUGGGUUUUAACAGGCACUGUAGGCUUCUUCGCUGCUUACUGGUUCAUCUGUAAAAUCUAUUCAGCUAUAAAAAUUGACUGA